AUGAACCGCCGGUUCCUGUACAUGCUGGUCAGAGCCUCCCCCUUGUGCGGCUCUUACACGCUGCGACGCACGAACCCGUCCCGCCUUUUCUACCCCAUGGACUCGCCGGAGCGCGCGGCGGCGGCGGCGGCGGCAGCAGCAGCAGCUGGAGCUGCGACGGCGGCGACGUCGAAGCCGGCGCCAACGGAGAAGCCGGUGGAGGACGCUCGACUGCCUCCGGCCACCACGACCUUCCGUUGCUACAACACCGACAGGCCGCACUUCGCGCUCCUAGGCCGCAAUAAGGACAAGAUCCUCGUCCUCGACGAGAACGAAGCCGUCAGCCGCGCCGUCCUGUACGACGACGCCUCGCGCUGCAUCCACAUGUUGCCCAGCCCGCGGGAGCCCAAGAUAGAGCCCUUCUCUGUCGCCGUCGGCGACAACCUGUACCUCAUGGAGGGGAAUCCUCAGGGCGACGAAGAUGACUGCGACGAGCACGAGCGAUCGCAAUACGAAGCUACCGUCGAGGCGCUUGUUCCCGGUGGCGAGGACUCGUACUGGUGGCGCUCCGUCCCGCCGCCGCUCUACGCCGCGCGGACGUGUAAUCUCAACGACGACGUCAGGGCCUACGCUGCUGUCGGCGAGUCCAGCAUCUGGGUGUCCACGGAUUUAUACUACGGCACGUUCGCCCUUGACACGGCGAGCGGGGCGUGGAGCAGGGCCGGCGACUGGCCGCUGCCGUUCGAAGGGCGCGCCGAGCAUGUCCCGGAGCACGGCGGCCUCUGGUUCCGCCUCUCUGACAGCGGCAUCCUCCACGCGUGGGACCUUCGCGCCGAAGGCAGGCCGGCGGCGCGGCGCACGUGCGGGCAUAUCGCCGACAUGGCCGAGGGGCUCUUGGUUGGAUCGGAGGUCGCCCACCUUGGCGACGGGCGGCUCUGCGUCGGAAGGCUGUUUGAGGUAAAACAAGAAGGAUCACGCGAGCACUGCACCUGCUGCCGCUACCACUGGAGGCCUUCGCGCGUCUUCGCCAUGUUCACCGGCGUGGAGGUGGAGGACGCCGGCGACGGGACGUUACACCUGAUCGAGCACAAGUCGUGCAGAUAUAGCUUAGGCGUAGGCAAGUCCGCCCAGUUUGUGUUCUAGUUUAUUUCAGAGCAUUUUAGAUUGAUUGUAUUUUCUACUCCAAAAAUAGUUCCAACAAGGGAGAGUGAUAAUAAGAGAGAGUUGGUAGAAAU